CCCUCGUAUAGAAAGAGAUAGUAUCGCAAUGCUUUCAUUUUGCAGUGAACUAAUGUGAUUCUCAUCACGUACGUAGAUAUUGGAUUUUUCCGGAUCUACUGUUGAGAUCAUAGUGUAAAUAUGUAAAAAUCGCAGACAAAUGAUAUCACACGAAGUUAACUAUUUUAUAGAUAGUGAAAAACGGUUUAAGGACCGAGAAAAGCAUUCCAAAAUGACCAUGAAAUCUAGUUUCGAUUUCGAAGAGCAUAUGGAGAAAUACGACUUGGAGAAUUCAGCGAUCCACAGAAAACUUCAAAGCAAAGUGGAAGCGCUGAAGAUCAUGCGAAAUGAACUGGAAAAGUACCGAUCCGAAAGGGAUCAGUUCAAGCUGAUGGCCGAAACACUUCAAAUGCGAUAUUCAGCCAUGAAAAGUAGUCUCAACUCGCCGGAGUUCCAAGCCGCAGGCUUUGGUAAUAGUUCCGCCGUUAGUCUAUUGGUUAAUCAAACUCGAGAACGCAACAUUUCUUUAAGUACAGAAGUGGAAGCCUUGCGACAGCGUGUUCAUGAACUAGAGGGCGACAUAGACGUCCUGCGAACAAAAAACUUCGAUCUUCAAGCAGCUUUCAACAAGAUGAAGUCCACGGAAGAAACGAAGCUCAAAGAUCGCAAAGGUAUUGUUUGGGACGAGGAAAAGUCCAAGCUGAUAGCGCAAAUGGAAACUCUGAAGAAAAAGAAUGCUCAACUGCAGUACGAUGUUCGAUCGUUGCUGGACGAAAAGGAGGACGUAGUUAUGGAACGGGACGCCUACAAGUGUAAAGCCCACAGGCUGAACCACGAGCUUAGUGUGAUGCUCAAGGGUGACCAAUCGCAGCAGAAGAUUGUGGAUGUUGAUGGACUGAUUUUGGAGAACAAGUACCAGCAGGAAAAGAUUACGAAUUUGGAAAAUGAAUUGGAACUGUCCCGACAGUCGGCCACCAAGUACAAGAACAUGCUUGACACCAAACGGAAAAAGGGAAUCAUCAAGCUUGGCACUAACAACAAUCAGAGGGUCAUGUCUCACUCACAAGUGAAAGAUCUACUCGAACGCGGAACCGUUGAGGAGCUUCCCCUCAAAGCUGCCACCAUAUCGGAGCUGAAGUCACUCUGCCUAGCCCUACUGGACAACGUCAACGACAAGAGCUUGGCGUUAUCACAUCAGAAGAAAACCAACAAACUUUUAGCUGCAAAGAUUACCGAACUGGAGCAACGGAUCCUCGCUCUAACGGGAACUAAUGAAAUCGCACCCACAUCCAGCCUUUCACCGUCUCAAAUUCUCCUGAACGGAUACGCUUCGUCAACGGUCGAUUUGGAUCUUAGCGAAGAAAUCAAGCAGCUCAAGAUUAAAAAUCAUUCUGAACUCAGUAGUGAUAACAGCGCAAAUGGAGUGGGACCUAAUGGACGUACUGAGGGAACCAGUUCCAAUACAUCUCAAGGCUUACCAACGGAACUGCUUUCGUCCGAAUCGAACAAGAGUCUCCCGAGCUGUUCGGAGAUUGGUGAACAUGAUUAUCGCGAAUCAUCUUCGGAUAUGACUUCCAAUGCAGACGAAGGCAUCCUAUUGGAACCCUACAUAAGAGCGAGCCGCAGUGGAUCGACGGACAGCAAACUUCCGGAGCUGCCACCGGAGAUUGCUGAACUUGUGCGGCAAUUAUCGAACAGUAUGGAUGACAGUGCUAAUUGAAAACGGACGGAUUUGAUUGACACUUCUUGGUGGCAUUGAGACUUCAUUCACACAGUUUUCGAAUUAUGUCUCCGGUUACCCGGCGAUGAUGGAGAAUCAAUUCUUGUAUUGCAGAAGAAUCGAGUUGUCCUAAGAUGCUUGUUAUCUCUGAGAGAAAUGAAAUAAAUGGAAAAAGUAUCAAUGCUA